AUGGCAGCCCCCAACAAAAAGGACAUGCGAUUGAAGAUAGAGAAAGUGGAUCUCUGUCUGAAGGCAAACGGAGAGGCUCAUCGGACGAGUCGAUUUGAAUUGAUGAGGGCUGAAAAUCCUAUGUUGGUGGUCAGGCGAGGUCAACCGUUCCAGCUUAAGUUGUCAUGCGAUAGACCUUUCGACGAGAACCGGGAUGUGAUUUCGUUCAAAUUAUCUGUGAACGAUGAUGGCUUCGUACUGAAUUUGACUGAUGGUGGCGCAAAAUCCGAUUGGAAGGCCGUUCUGGAAUCGGUGGAGAAAAAUGUGCUCACGAUCAGGGUCAGGGCAUCGGCCAGGGCUUCGGUGUCGACAUGGAACAUGGCUAUCGAGACGAAGUUAACGGGAUCGGAGGAACCAAUUAACGUGAACAAGUCGUUUGAAUUUUAUUUGCUGUUCAAUCCUUGGUGUGAAAAUGAUUGUGUAUUUCUCAAAGACGAACGACUCCGCGUGGAGUACGUCCUCAACGACAAGACAAUGAUUUGGCAGGGUGCGACUGACAGCAUCAAUUCAAUAGACUGGGCGUUAGGACAUUUCGCGCAGAAUAUUCUGGAGUGCAGUUUCCUGCUGUUGUCCAUGGUUGGACCUGUUAGUGCAACGGAUCGUGGUAAUCCAAUUUUUGUGGCUCGUGCCCUUUCGGCAGUUGUGCAUGAAAAGUUUGACGAAGGAGCGGGACUGUGGGCUGUGGAGCAUUCGCCCAACUCAUGGGUUGGAUCGGUUGAUAUCUUACAACAGUUUUACCAGUCGAGAAAACCCGUCAAAUCUGGACAAUGCUGGGUGUUUGCCGGAGUAUUAGCUACCAUCUCACGAGCUGUAGGGAUUCCGUGUCGCAUAGUAACCAAUUUCAAAUCCGGCCACGAAUCAGAUAAGUCGGGGUCGACGGAACGUGAUGAGAGCAUGUGUAAUUUCAACGUAUGGAAUGAACUGUGGAUGAAAAGGCCAGAUAUUGGGGAAAGAUGCAAAGAGGAGUUGUACGAUGGAUGGCAGGUAGUUGAAGCGUUUGGGCCGGCACCUGUGAACGCAGUUAAACGUGGAGAUAUCACUGUGAAAUAUGAUUGUGAUUCCGUAUUCGGUGAGGUUAAUCCCAAUGUGAGGUAUUUUGAAGAUACUGAUAGUGGUCAACCGGAGCUUAAGAUAGAUUCUAUGGAAAUCAGAACGAUUAUCAGCACCAAAGCGGUGGGAGUUAAUGAGCGUGAAGACAUCACUGAAUCGUACAAAUCAAAGGAAGGGACUUUUAAGAGAAGAACUGCAAUUAGUGUAGCGAUGAUGCAAGCCAAAAAUACAAGAUUGGACAUGGCUGUCAACAAGGAGGAAACAAGGGUUGGCGAAAGCUCAAAGGUGAAACCGGCGUCUAGCUGCCCAGCAGAUCACAGGCACAGUAGAAGCACCGACGAACCGACGUGA